AUGCCCCAAGGCCAUGGGACAAGGCUGUCCCGCCCCUCCAGGAGCAGCAUAAAAGCCGGCCCAGAGCCUCUCUCCCUCACACACUUCUCCAGACUCCAUCUGCUCCUGCUUCUUCCAAGAACCACAGGCACCCUCCACACCACACCCAUGGCCUGCUACAACCGCUGCAGCCCCUGCGGACCCACCCCGCUGGCCAACAGCUGCAACGAGCCCUGUGCCCUGCAAUGCCAGGAUUCCCGAGUUGUUAUCCAGCCUUCUCCUGUGCUGGUCACCCUGCCAGGACCCAUCAUGAGCUCCUUCCCCCAGAACACCGCUGUCGGAUCCACCUCCUCGGCUGCCGUGGGCACUGAGCUCAGUGUGCAGGGACAGCCCAUCUCUGGCGGAUUUGGUGGCUUUGGUGGUUACGGCCUUGGCUAUGGGCUGGGAGGCCUGGGCUGCUAUGGCAGAAGGGGCUAUGGCAACAUCUGCUAA